AUGGAGUGUGCUUCAUGUAUUAAGGUUUUGAGUCAGGGGAGUGAUUUUGGAUGUGGGUUUUUUAUGUUUGGCCGUUUCUCACCAGUUUUCAAUCUGUUGGGGCUGUUCUUGGUGUUUGUGUUGGGGUUAAAGGUUUUGCAAAUUGGCUGUCAUGCCAAGUGUUUGAUAGAAUUUUUAUGUGAUUUUAGAGGGAAAGCAAGCGAAGUGAGAAAUGGGUUUUGUUCAAAACGUGGUUUUGAUGAAGUUUAUGCUCCAAAAUCGUUGGAGAAUUCACAACCACUGAAUGCAGAUGGCUUGGCCUUCAGCAAAAAAAUUAAGGGUAAAGCUGCUGCAGAAGAUGAAGCUGAUGAUGUUGAUGAUGAUGCUGCUGCUGCUGCUGAAGAUGAUGAUGAUGGUGAUGGUAAUGAGGAGGAAAGUAUUUGUUGCAACGAGGAUGGAGAAUUUGAUUUUCUGGCAUUGAGAAAAUCAGUAAAGAUCGAACGGCGAAAGACGAACGAGGCUCGUGCCGAGCUCGAGAAGGAAAGGAUGGCAGCUGCAUCUGCAGCUGAGGAAACAAUGGCCAUGAUCUUGCGUCUUCAGAAUGAGAAAAGCUGUAUUGAAAUCCAAGCCAAUCAGUACCGUCGGAUGGCUGAACAGAAGCAGCGGUAUGAUGAAGAAGUGAUUCAAUCGUUACAGUGGAUUAUAAUGAAGCACGAAUCCGAGAGGAGUCUAUUGCAAGAGCAACUGACGCUGUGCAAACAAAAGCUGCCACAAUACGCUGAGGUUGAUGAAAGGCGUCAACCCGAAGAUGGCGAUCCAAGCGCGAGCGAUGGCAUGGAUGACAUGUCUGACGUCGAUUCAUGGGAGAGACCACAGAACCACAUUGUAGAUUCGAAUCUUUAA